UGUGGCAGCCGCAGUUCAGACCAUUGCAGCUGUGGAGAUGGUGCCUGUCGGCCGUGCGCUGACGCUGGUCCUGCUGGCCUGCUGUUGCUGCGCGACGCUGGCGCAGCAGCGGCAACGCUCCGCGAUCGCGCAGCCGCUCGCGCAGCAGCAGCGCGCAGCGUAGCCGGUCGACCCGGGGCCGAACGAACCGGACCGGCAGCUCGGAGGAGCAGCUUGAGUGCGUGCUGGACAAGCCGGAGGCGCUCUCGCACUGUGUGAAGGCGCUGUUGAUGGACAAGCGGGCCGAGGUGGCGAGCAAGGCUGACCCGCUGACGCUCCCGAACAAAGACGGCGACCUGAGCUUCUGGGACGGCACGCUGACUGGCCUCUCGUGCUACGAAAUCGAGCACCUGGCGCUGACGUUCCCAGCCGAGCAGCAAAUCGCCGUCGAUGCCCGGAUUUCCUGGCCCAACCUCGCCGCCGUUGUUUCGGCGCGCUUCAAGAAGUGCAUUCGGGUGAUCUUCAAGAUGUGCGCCUCCGUGUCGGCGCGGCCGACGGUGCGGAUCGCGAAGACGGUCGGCACGUUGAAGACGACGCUAACGGUACGUGGCCAUCAGAACGGCACGUUCACCGUCACGCCGUCCAACACCGCCGUUGACUUCGACUUUUCCUCUCCUGACAUCUCUGCCAACAUCCAGUCGCCCGUCGCCUAAGUUCUUCAACCGUGUCUUCGGCGACCCGGCUAGUCCGCUCGUGAGGAAGCUGGCCCUCAAACACUGGUUUAAGAACAAGGAAGACUUGACGAAGGACGCCGCCGAAGAGCUGGACAAGGCCAUCGUCAAGAAUCUAGCCCUGUCGCUGCAAGAGCUGCUGCAGGGCGGCGCGUCCCAGGGCGGCUCGCGCGUCAAGUCAACCCCGAAAUCCUACAGCGUGCGGUCCGGCACGUGCCGGAGGAGCUCCGGCGGUGGAAGGCGGUCAUCCAGCAGGGGCGAGAGGCGCUCCUCCAACGGCGGCAGGCGGCGGGCGAACGUGCGGGGCGGGCGCGGCCGCUAGACAGCUAUAUCGCCCGGAGAUCCGUCUUCGGCCGCUGUCCGAAGCCUUUCGAAGACAGUGUUCGAUCAUCUAUGAUGAGCUGUUAGAAUACGUGUUAUCAUAUGUAUGUUAAUAGUACGUGGCUGUGACUUGUUUGAUGUCGAUAUCUUGAUUUGACAUGAAGGCACUCGUGGACGAGGAACAUGGAUUCCCGGAGGUAUGAGCCACCAUUUGCAUUGUGUAAUGGCGUCAUUUCGAAAAGCACGCGGCAGUGAUAGGAUCUGUGGCUAUUGGAAUGAAAAUGAAUGAAUUCCAGUAUCAGGACGGCAUUCGCUAGAGACAUCGAAAGUAUGACUUCUGUCUAAUUGCUCUGUUCCAGUUUUACCGCAACACCCGAGAUGUGUUCCAGCUUCUAGAUUACAAAUGCUUGCGUAUCGACGAUGUGAAUCUGACAGGUUCUAUACAGAUAUUAGCUUUCGACACGCCGUUUGAAUUAAACUGUAAGGCAUUAUGCAGUUGAUAAAUACAUGAAAGAACUUCCAGGCAGCAACAAGCAUGUGCUUGAAUAUUUCGCCUUUUUAACACGAUCAGGGGCCUGUAUAAAUUAAGAUUUGAUAAAGGUGAGCUUAGAUUUGGACUCCCUAGAUUCAUUACUGAAUAAAGCGGGUAAGUUGGAAACCAACGAUUCCUCUCAGUUGUAUGUUCCGUAAAGCUUUUACGGCCGGCGGCCAGAACGUGUCAGACACAAGAGGCGCAGUAGAUCUGGAAAAAAGGGAGCAUCACAUUGACUCGGCCUUCAACAGACCGAUGAAUCAUCGGUUUCAUGUUACACCUUCAAACGUCCAUGUCGAGAGCUAGUCGCUGUCAAGGCCGGAACAAUGUCAGUAGAGAAGCGUCACAUUGCUCAUUAAAGGAAGCACGCCACCUUUUGUACUUGCCGCUUAUCGUCAGAUCAGGAGGGUCCGAUUUGAUCAGUUAUACAAGUUUUAUCGGAGUCCUUCUGAAACGCGCAGAAUAUCUUUUUUGAAUCAGCAGCUCGGGCGGAAGAAAUCUUAUUGGGCUCCCCGCUCACCACUACCAAAGCAAAACAUUUCAUUGGCCUUGCUUUCAACGUGUGUGUUCGGUAGUGUUUACAAUGCACUGAGUGUUCAAAAUGUCUGUACGUUGAGUUCUACGUAAGCUUAAAACACUCUACUUGGGAAAAAAGACUUGCAAAUAAAAGACACGUAUCACGCAAACUCAACGAAAGGUUGUACUUGGGCUCUUAUCUCCCCCAUUUGACGUUAAGCACAGCGGC